AUGUCUCCUCUCGACCAGUCUGCCCCCCAUGCUGGGAUCAAGAAGAGGGACGUUGGAGCGAGUAAUCUUUUGCUUGGUGCUAGCUUGAAUAUGUUUGAGUACGCUUUCACUUGUUCUGCAGUUUAUUACCAAGGUCUAAUCCCAUGGGCCUGGAUUGAAGCGUCUACUAAAGGCGCUGUUCUGCUCUUUGUGGCCUCCGAAGUCGAGUAUCAUUCGCGGACGGCCGGGGCCUCCGAAUUCCUUUCCGGCAUCGCAGGAGGUAUGGUCGGUGGCGCGGCUCAGGCGUACGCAACGGUCGGGUUCUGUACCUGCAUGAAGACAGCGGAAAUUACUCGACUUAAGCAAGCGGCAGCGGGGUUGAAACCACCGGGCGCCUUGGAGACAUUUGUUACGAUGUUUCGGACGGAGGGACUGCGAGGAAUCAACAAAGGAGUCAAUGCCGUAGCAAUUCGGCAAGUCACUAAUUGGGGGUCCCGGUUUGGCUUCUCCCGACUGGUUGAGGACGCAAUCCGUAGAGCCACAGACAAAGGGCGCGAGGAGCGACUGGGUGUCGUGGAGAAGAUACUGGCCUCGGGCGUCGGAGGCGCUCUGGCUAGCUGGAAUCAGCCCAUCGAGGUGAUUCGAGUGGAAAUGCAGAGCCUAAAAGCCGAUCCCAAUCGCCCCACAAAGCUGAGUAUUGGGAGCACCUUCCGGUACAUAUAUGGGCAAAGUGGGAUACGGGGCCUGUACCGCGGGGUCACGCCACGCAUUGGUCUAGGAAUCUGGCAGACCGUAUGCAUGGUGGCGCUUGGAGACGUGGCCAAGGAAAUGAUCGAAUCUAUAGCGCAGAAGCAAGCCUGA